ACAAUGGCUGCCUCCUUCCUUGAUUUUCUGACAUGUGCUGGCUAAGAUUGAAAUGACACAUGUUUGCUCUCUUAACCAGUGUGGCUUUGAAAAAAGGAAUCAAAUUAAGAAUUAGCGAAGUAACCAUGACAAGACCAGACCUGUGGACAACAAAAGAAGUUGGACAGUGGCUGAAAGACAAUGGCUUUGCAGAGUACAUAGACCUUUUAUGUAACAAGCAUGAUAUAGAUGGCCCAGCCCUCCUAAGACUGACAGAAACCGAUCUCAAAGAAUGGCCAUUGCAGAUGCAGAUUUUGGGACACAUUAAAAGACUUGGUCACUGUAUCCAAGAGCUGAGGAAGAAGAAUAAAUACCAUGUCACAUCUGAAGAUAUAGAGUUAGAAAAUUUGAAACAGAGUUCUGACUCUUAUGAAUACUGGUGUAAAUCAAGUGAAAGUGUACCAAAAAGGGUCAACCGAUCUCUAAGUGCUUCAUCAGUGGAAUCUGAUGUGUCUGUUGAAAACUUUGGACCAAUAAGUACAUUAUUAGACCCAGAACUUUUCAAGACACUUCUUGCCUUUUUCUAUGUUUUCACUGUGUUCCUGGUCACAUCUUUUGUCAUGGUUAUUGUUCAUGAUCGUGUGCCUGACAAGCACAAAUAUCCGCCCCUUCCAGAUCUGAUCUUGGAUAAUGUUCCAUUUAUGCCUUGGGCUUUUGAAGCUUGUGAACUAUGUGGGCUGAUCCUGGGAACAAUUUGGGUCAUCACUCUCUUCUUCCACAAGUACAGAUUUAUCAUUCUGAGAAGGAUGUUUUCUUUGGCUGGGACCAUCUUCUUGCUCAGGUGUGUUACAAUGUUGAUCACCUCACUUUCAGUACCGGGAAUACACCUGGAAUGUCAGGCUCAGCCCUACCGCACAUGGUCUGCUAGAUUUGAAAGGGCAUUUGAGAUUUGGAGAGGCAUGGGCAUGUCACUGCAAGGAGUUCGCACCUGUGGAGAUUAUAUGUUUAGUGGACACACUGUGUGGCUGACGCUGUUUAAUUUCUUCAUUACUGAAUAUACUCCAAGGAACUUUGUGUAUCUUCACACAUUCACUUGGGUACUCAAUCUGUUUGGACUUUUCUUUAUUUUAGCUGCUCAUGAACACUACUCUAUUGAUGUGUUCUUUGCCUUUUAUAUUGCUUCAAGGCUGUUCCUUUAUUACCAUACUCUUGCCAACAAUGCCAACGUAAUGCGUCAUGACAGAAAGAGGGCCAAGGCUUGGUUCCCACUUUUCUUUUUCUUUGAGUCAAAGGUUGAUGGUGUCAUUCCAAAUGAUUAUGAAUGGCCAUUUUCUUGGCCGAAGUUCUUAAGAGAGGCAUUCGCUAAGAAAAAAUAUAAACAGAAACUGCAUUUGAAAUAGUCUCUUAUGUGCUACAUGUACUGUGGUAAAAAACAUUUUACAAAGAAAAUUAAAUACUCAUGAGUGAAUAUAGGACAUUUUUUAAAGUAUAGUGCACUUUGAAAUGUUUUAUAGUAAAUCUAUGGGCCCAAGAUCAAUCUUUCCUCCAUUUGGUAAGGGAUGGGACUUAUGUUAUGUUUUGUAGGAGAAAUAUCUUCUUUUGAUAAUUUUGAUUGUAUUUGCAACUAUUCCUUCCAUUUUACCUUAAAGUUUAAAUCCAAAGGAGGUCAGUAAAGUAUUGAAU